AUGGCCGCCACGCAGGAGGUUAUCGUGGUCACCUUCAACUACCGCCUCGGCCUGCUCGGUUUCCUCGCCACUUCCGACAACUCUUCGGCGGGCAACUAUGGCCUCUUCGACCAGGUGCAAGCGAUCAACUUUGUGAUAGAGAAUAUUCGCCAGUUCAACGGCGAUCCCAAUAAAAUCACACUUUUUGGGCCGGAUGCAGGGGCGGCCAGCGCCGGAUUGCUCGCCAUUUCACCGCUGACGAGAAACUACGUAAAACGGGUGAUCGCCCAAUCAGGGGCGGCCGUCGCCGACUGGGCCUUCAUUCGCGAGCCGCUGUAUAUGCGCAACAAUUCGGUCCUUGCGGGCCGGGCCUUUGGUUGCAGCACCCGUGACAGUUGGACGCUGGUGAAGUGUCUAAAGAGUCGCUCCGCUACGGACUUUACCGCCACCGAAGUCCGCCCUGACGUCGGCUGGCUGACCUGGGGCCCGGUGGUGGACCGGUGGACACGUAGCAAGGACUACCAGUUCAUGACGGACCUGCCUGAGGACCUGCUCAGCCGGCGAGCGGUCCGUUUCAGCGAGGACUUUGCCUACAUGUCCGGCGUGACGAAGGACGAGGGCUCGCAGGUGCUCUUCGCCGACCCCGAGCUGGCAAAGCGCGACUACGUGGUCACCCACGCCGACUUUGAGCGUCGCGUCAAAGACUACGUGAAGAUCUACAACUACACCUUUGACCAGCCCGCUCUUCUCAACGCCAUCUCCUUCAUGUACUCGCCGUGGAGUGAUCCAAACAAUCUGACCCUGGUCCGACAGGGCAUCAUUGACCUGAUCACCGAUUCGUGGUACACCGCGGGCAAUGACAAGAUGGUGAAGUUGAUGCUGAAUAAUAGCGUGCCCACCUACAU